GGCUUCCUGCUUCCUGGGAACCCGAGGGGCACGGGGGUCUUUCUCGGAGGGCACCAGGGUCCCCACGCUGAGGACCUGCCCAGCUCGCCCCCUGCCCCGGACCACCAAUGGGAACCUCUCUUCUCCCACCUCCCCAGCCUCUCCUCAGUCAGUCCCUGAGCACACCCAAGCCGAGCAGUAGCUGCAGUUAGGCUCCAUCUUAGAAAAGGCUGGAAGUCACCCGUUGUCACCUCCCCGACACCAACAUCUGCUGAUCUGACAGACAUGAGUUCCAUCUACCCAGAAAGUGAUCCGAUGGCCACCAAAGAGAAGUUGCAGUGUCUGAAGGACUUCCACAAGGACAUCUUGAAGCCGUCUCCCGGGAAGAGCCCCGGCACCCGGCCCGAGGACGAGGCCGAGGGCAAGCCCCCGCAGCGGGAGAAGUGGGCCAGCAAGAUCGACUUUGUGCUGUCCGUGGCUGGUGGCUUCGUGGGCUUGGGCAACGUGUGGCGGUUCCCGUACCUCUGCUAUAAAAAUGGUGGAGGUGCCUUUCUCAUCCCGUACUUCAUCUUCCUGUUCGGGAGCGGCCUGCCCGUGUUCUUCCUGGAGGUCAUCAUCGGCCAGUACACCUCGGAGGGGGGCAUCACCUGCUGGGAGAAGAUCUGCCCCCUGUUUUCCGGUGAGUGGGGGGUCCCUGUGCUGGCCGGGGCCCUGUUGGCUCCCAGGCGCAACGUGCUGAGCCUGUCCUCGGGGAUCGACGAGCCGGGCACCCUCAAGUGGGACCUGGCGCUGUGCCUCCUGCUGGUGUGGCUGGUCUGCUUCUUCUGCAUCUGGAAGGGCGUCCGGUCCACGGGGAAGGUUGUCUACUUCACCGCCACCUUCCCCUUCGCCAUGCUGUUGGUGCUGCUGGUCCGCGGGCUGACCCUGCCCGGCGCGGGGGAGGGCAUCAAGUUCUACCUGUACCCUGACAUAACCCGCCUGGAGGAUCCGCAGGUGUGGAUCGACGCUGGGACCCAAAUCUUCUUCUCCUACGCCAUCUGCCUGGGGGCCAUGACCUCUCUGGGGAGCUACAACAAGUACAAGUACAACUCGUACAGGGACUGUAUGCUGCUGGGAUGCCUGAACAGUGGUACCAGUUUUGUGUCUGGCUUCGCAAUUUUUUCCAUCCUGGGCUUCAUGGCACAAGAGCAAGGGGUGGACAUUGCUGAUGUGGCUGAGUCAGGUCCUGGCUUGGCCUUCAUUGCGUACCCCAAAGCUGUGACCAUGAUGCCGCUCCCCACCUUUUGGUCGAUUCUUUUCUUUAUUAUGCUUCUCUUGCUUGGACUGGAUAGUCAGUUUGUGGAAGUCGAGGGACAGAUCACGUCCUUGGUGGACCUCUACCCGUCCUUCCUAAGGAAGGGCUAUCGCCGGGAGAUCUUCAUCGCCAUCGUGUGUGGCAUCAGCUACCUGCUGGGGCUGACGAUGGUGACGGAGGGUGGCAUGUAUGUGUUUCAACUCUUUGACUACUAUGCAGCUAGUGGUGUAUGCCUUCUGUGGGUUGCAUUCUUUGAAUGUGUUGUUAUUGCCUGGAUAUUCGGUGGUGACAACUUUUAUGAUGGUAUUGAGGACAUGAUCGGCUACCGGCCUGGGCCCUGGAUGAAGUACAGCUGGACUGUCAUUACCCCGGUUCUCUGUGUUGGAUGUUUUGUCUUUUCUCUCGCCAAGUACGUGCCCCUGACCUACAACAAAGUCUACGUGUACCCAAACUGGGCCAUCGGGUUUGGCUGGGGCCUGGCCCUGUCGUCCAUGAUGUGCAUCCCUUUGGUCAUCCUGAUUCGCCUCUGCCAGACGGAGGGGCCGUUCCUCGUGAGAGUCAAGUACCUCCUGACCCCGAGGGAACCCAACCGCUGGGCCGUGGAGUGUGAAGGGGCCACUCCCUACAGCUCCCGCAUCACGCUCAACGGGACCCUCAUGAAACCGACUCACAUCAUCGUGGAGACCAUGAUGUGAGACCCCCGCGGGGGCCCCGGGGCGGCCGCUUUCCACCUGUUUACUAACAUUAGAUUCUCCUAGGACCAGGUUUACAGAGCUUUAUAUUUUGCACUAGGGAUCUCGUCCUCGUCCUCGUUGGUGUAUUUUUUUGUCAAACGUGAACUCCGUGCGUGCGCGCGUGUGCGUGAGCGUGUGUGUGUGUGUAUCGUGGGUGUGCGUAUUUUGUUCUGAUUUGGGGAUAUUUUGUACAAAAAAAAAAAAAUAGAAGAAACCACCCCCCCCUGGGCAGAUGUCCCCAGGGAAAUCGGAACUUUCCGACUGAAUUAGGUCUAUUUUACGGGAACGGGGUGAAAAGUUUUCUUUGUAGAUAUCUUUGUUUUUUUCUCUUUCUGGAACAUGUGACUCUUGACCAUGGGACACUUUGACCAUGUGAAUGACUCUUCUCGCCAGCAAUAGAGAUCGUUUUUUUUUAUGGUUUUCCAAAAGCAAUCUUUCGGUGCUUGGUCGAACCAGGAGAAAAUUCUGACCCCCAAGGAAAACUAAAACGUUGAGGACGAUUUUUUUCAGCCCUGAGCGGCAUCCUGAGGGUGUAGUAUCUUUCCGAACCUGGUUCAGGGGUCCCACAUCCCGAGCAGAGUGACUGGCCAGACCCCCCCCGAGGAGCAGAAGAGACAGGGCCCGGAGGAGACCCUUCGUUACAUUUCUCUCAGCCAACAGGAAACCUGCCAAAAUCUGUGAACCAGGCCCUCAAGUUAAAUAGACGGACGGAGAGAGCUCAGAGAGGAGACUCUUGAAGCAGGAUUUGAAAAGUUAAAGAGCAAUAGAAACUCUAAAGCUCCGGGUUUAAAAAAAAAAAAAAAAAUUCCCAUCUUUUAUUUUGAGAUCGAGGGUGGAUAAUCAGUAGGACUGUCCGAGUCCAGGGUCCAAGCAGGAGCUGUGAGAGAUGGCAGAGAGCUGGUAGCCCUUGAAAGAGGUGGGUGAUGGGCCACCCACGAUCCUUUCUGGAACAUUCCGGGCAAAGACCCCAAGCUGGCUCGAGAGCAUCCGGGGUCUGGGGGUCACAGAUGGACCAAAGGACAGGGCCCUGCGUGUUCCAAGUGUCACCUAGGGCCACCUCGGCUCCUAGCCCCCAAAUGCCCAGAGUGGCCUGGGGGAGGGGGAUGGAGGUGCCCGGCACCCCCCAAAUCCUCCUGAGCGCCGGCCCGAGGAGGGUCUGGAGGGUCAAGGUCGUCCAGGGACACGGGGGGGGGGGGGCUGGCACCCCCAGGAGCUGGUGUCAUCGUGAGUGACACCCAGAGCCAGGUUGGCCCCUGAACCAGGAAGGAAGGUGCUACACCCUUCAGACGUCCACCCCGUGCCCCCCGCGGGCCUGAGCGGGGCCAUGGGCCGUCCUUGUCACUGUGGUCAGGCUCUCGGCCACACCCCAACGUGACCACAGGCGCCCAGGCGGGGACUGUCCCCGAGGCUGGCGUCCGCGUCCCUGGAAACCUCCUGCCGCCCCAAUUUGGGAUUUUUAGUGGAGGGGGGAGACCCCCGUCCCCCUCCUGCCCUGGUCUCGGACAAGUGGCCUAUUUAGGGACACUCUGCCAAAUGUCCCCCGAUCCCAUUCCAAGCCACCCGUGCUGGUCCCCUGCCCCCGUUUGUCCGUGUCUCUGCGGUCCCCGUGGUGUGGGGCCUGUGUCCUUGUCCUGCUGAUGUGACCCAGUUGCCGUGUGACCCCCCUCCCCCCCCCCUGGUUUUCCUGUCGUCUUCUGGAACUUUCUAGAAAACUCACCUUGUGUCCCUCUGGGAAGGCAGGGUCCCCCCGUCCCCCAGGGAGCAGGACCCUGACAGACUGCGGCCACCUGAGCCUUCGGGGUCCUCUCGGUCCCCCUUUUCCCUCCUGUCACCACCUCGUGACCUGGGGGAAGGACGUCCCGCUAACGUGGUGACACUCUCCUAGACCAAAGACGCACACAGAGGCCGGGUCCCCAAGGCCCCCACCUGGAAGAGGGGUCGGCCACCGUCUCCAGCUGCUGCUCCCGGGGCCCCGGGCCCCUGCCUUCCCGUGUCCCCUCCUGGCCACAGUGUUGGUCCGUGUCCCCCGUGACGAUGGCCGUCUGUCCCGUCUGUCUCUGUAGAAGUGGAAUCUGUCCCUUAGAGCUCACGACUGGUCCCCGUCUUGGGACAGGCGGGUCCGACCUUCCUCCCGCCAUCCGUCUGCCUGGGACAGGUCAGAGACCUGGUGUCACCUAGAUCUGGUGUCACCCAGUGCCCAGGCUGCCCCAUCUGGACGGGAAGCCACCAAGGCAUUUUAAAGAUGAAGAAGUGGGUGGGGGGUCCCCAAGAUGAAUGUCCCCCCUCCCCUCCCCGGGGAGCCGCCUCAUGGAUCGGAGACCCUGGGACUGUCCCCAAGGCUCUCCAGGGUCCCCUGUGCCGUGACCUCGGUGUCCCUGGGGAAGCCCGGUCCCCGAGCAGGGAGGGGGCUCCAGACGUUCCCGAGUCACGAGGACCAGGCGGCGGCCGGCGGGUCCCCAUCCCUCCCCAAGGUUCUCCCUGGCGACCACAGACGCGUUGGUGGCCGAGGAAGCAGCUGACUGGUGGCCAGGGACGGGGCGAGAAGCACCUCAGACCCUCCCCCGGGGCCUCUCGGUCCCCAGCUGGCGAGACGGGAGGUGGCCUCGGGCAGGACAGGCCAUCUGUCCCCUCUGGCCCUGCCCAGGGACCUCCUUCCCCGCAGGUCACCCCUGGGAGAGGGGACCUGAGAGUCCUCUGUGCGCAAGAGCCAGCCCAGGCCCAGGCCGGCCGGUCGGCUCCCCCUAAAAAAACAAAUCAGGGUUUAAUGACAAUUUCCAGGACUCGGUGGCACUCCCCGGUCCCCGCCCAGCACCCCAAAGAUGGUGGCACCAAGAGCCCCCCUGGGCUGUCCCCGAGCACCUCCAAGAGCCCCUCUUGAUAAAGCCAUGGCGCUGGGCGGUGGCACCAGGCUGGGAGCAGAGAGUCCCCAACUUCUCCCCGAGACUCAGCCAGGAGGGGACCCAAGGGACAAUCCUAGAGGGUCCUUCAAAGCCUCAGACGCAGGCGGGAUCCUCCGACAGAUUCAGGGCCAAACUGAAAACCCAGGAGCCACCAAGUGGGAGAGCAAUCCAGAGUCCCCAGGUCCCAGGGCCACCGCCGCCUGCUGGCCCGUGACCCCCCACAGGAAGCUCCCCCCCCACCGUCCCCUGAGUGUCCCCUCGACCUGUUGUGACUCCCUGGAGGAGGAGGAGGGAGUCUCUUGUGGGACCUUUGGCUUCCCAUCGAGAUGGUGGCUGCAUUUUAACUUUUUUUUGUCCCUUGAUUUCCCCCGAGUCACGGUCCCCAACCUUCCCCUCCCCCUCCCCGCCCCCUCCCUCCCCCACGCCCCCCCAAGACUCUCUCUAUUUAGCACAAAGCAAAAGCUGAUAAACGUGGGGUUCGCCUCCUUCCAGGAAAAAAUAAAAAAUGUCCUGGCUCAUCGGGACUUUUUUUAAAAAUAAAAAUUUUAAAAAAAUUUUAAAAAAAAUGAAAAUUUAAAAAAAAAACCUUCAAACUAUUUUUAAGGUAUUUUAAACUUUUGUAAAAAAGAAAAAAAUACGACUAAAAAAAAAAAAAGAAUCUAUGAAAUCCAUCCACGGGAGACUCUUCGGAGGAGGAAAUAUUUGUAUUUGAACAAAAUCCUUGGUGUGUCCCCCUCCCCGUCCCCUGUCCCCGCAGAAUACGAGCUUCUGCGCGUCCACGUGUGACGAUGGAGGGUCCCUGGGGUUCGCGGGGCCCGUGUGAGCGUGAGUGUGUGUGUUCAUUUCUUCUUUGGCUUUUUAGAUAAAUAUGUAUAUCGAUAUUUUAAAUCCAUCUUUGGCUUCUUUUUCUUUUUUGUAGAGGAGUUUGUAAUCACCUGAUAACACGACAAUAAACGUUUCCUUUUUAAAAGCC